ACACCCUCACCCACACCGACGUCCGAAGAAAACAAAAAAAAAAAAAAAAAAGAAAGAAAGAAAAUAUAGAAGAGCGCCGGAGAGUUGCUCUCCUGUUCAAGCAAGGAACUAACUUAAAACUGUCUGGCUACUUCUUUGAUGCUUCUUGAUUUUCACUACUCUCUCUCUCUCUCGCUCGAUCUCUCUCUCUCUCUCUCGAUUCUUCUUUGCUUCCAACUUUUGCAAGUUACUCACUAUUUUCCCUCUUUUCUUGACUACCUUCCAUUAGUAUCAUUGCUGGUAAAAAUUGUGAUUGGAUGUCAAGAGAAACCUAUCCAAACAAUGAGAAUGCAUGUACAAAAGGGUUAGACGAAUUUUGAGUCAAUUACUGGAAAUGGCUACCGAUACUGAUUUUCAUCAUAACUCCCACUGCCAUAGCUUGUCACUACCCUCAUCACAGAGCCAGAAUCCACAGGCUGUAGUAUCUGUCUCCGAAAUACUACUACGAGAUAGUGGUUCCAUAUCAUUUGGAAGAUUUACUGCUGAUUCACUAGCAUGGGAGAAAUGGUCAGCUUUUUCUCACGACAGAUGCAAAGAGGAGCUUGAAAAGUUUAAGGUUCUUGGAUUUGUUGCUCAAAAGAAGGCCUAUUUUGAAGAAUACUAUAAAAGAAUUAGAGCAAUGAAGGCAUCACAAUUGCAGGAGGAAAACACCACUGGGCUUGUUACACUAUUAGAAACUAGUACUAACGAUAGUCAGUCAAAUGAGGAUAGAAAAUAUAGCUAUGCUAGACAAGUUCAGAUUCUAGACGAUGAUGUAGGUGCCAACUCUGAUUCGUCAAUGGAGAGCAUUGUGCUGAAACAAACAGCAGCCACCAGAGAGCUAUUGAGUAAGAAUAAAGAAAAUGAUAGCAUCCCAGAUGAGACUAAUGAAUCUUUAUGUGCUUCUGGAGCAGAGCAACCAAUUAAACAUACUACCAAUUUACAUGCUCCCACCACCAAGAACUCAGAAAUCGUCCAGCUUGAAAGCCUUGUUGCCAACUCAGUCAAGGUUAAAGCAAAUAAACCAAAAACUCAGGCAAAUGUAGCUUGUUCACAAAAUAGAGCAAAUUUGGGAAGCAUAAAUACAAAUAAGGAAAUCAAGUUAACUGAGAAGAAAAAACCACCUCCACAUGAUAAACUCAUAGGAAAGUGCAGCACUUCAAAAGCGGCAUUUAGGAAUAAUUCUAUCCUUGUUUCAUCUCGUAAACAACUUACUCAAGUAUCCUCCCGUUCUACAAGUCUGCAUGCUUCUUUGGUGAGCAACAGAUUGGAGUCAUCUUCUUCUACUGGUGGUAAAACUGGUAAAAUAAAAGCAAACUCACCUUUGGCAGACAAACUUCUGAGAAGUCUACCAGGCCAUAGACAAUCUGCUCAGUGCUCUCUGGAUACUCUGGAUACUGUUUCUGGUGAUUUGGAACAUAAGGGCUCUGACAUGAUAAAUUUGGGAAGCAGAAAUACAAAGUUAACUGAGAAGAAAAUCCUAUCUCCACGUGACAAAUUCAUUGCAAAUGCAGAGAGCAGGAAUGUCGUAGGAAAAUGCAGCAUUUCAAAAGCUGCAAUGGGGAAUAAUAUCCUUGUUUCAUCUCGUAAACAUAUUCUAGUGUCCUCCCGUUCUACUACCAGUCUGCGUGCUUCUUUGGUGAGGAACAGGUUGGAGUCAUCUUUUUCUACUGGUGGUAAAACUAGUAAAACAAAAGCAAACUCAACUUUGGCAGACACAGUUCGGAGAAGUCUACCAGCUCAUAGACAAUCUUCCCAGUGCAAUCUGGAUACUGUUACAGUUUCUGGUGAUUUGAAACAUAGGGGCUCUGACAACAGGCCUAGAAACCUUCAUAACAUGAAUAAAUCACAGCAAAGUAGCAGAGUUGAAUCUUCACAGAGGAGUUACGACAAAGAGAGAAAGCAGUACUUAAAUGCCAGCUGUAGCCUAGGAGAGGACAAAAGUAAGAGCACAACUGAAAGAAGUUCCAAGUUUGCCCCAACCAUGCCAUCAAGCAGUCGCAACACUUUAACAUCAGUUCAGAAGAAUGUAACACAGCCCACAAGUCUGACACAUGCUCAAAAGGAAAGAUGCAAGAUGCUGCCGUGCUGGCGGUGACAAACUGCAGUUGUUUCUAAAAUGUAUGCAACGCAAGCUCAUCCGGACGAGACCAAGAAAGACCACAAACGUCUGUCAUGAAUGGAAAGCUUUUCAAGAAUUUGAGAUGCAAAUGCGUGCAAUGAACAUAAAACCAAUAAUACGAUGAAAUUCAAUAGGGUAAACUGAUAUUGGCUACGAGGAGAUGAAUUAGAAGCAAGUAGGAAUAACUUUGUUAAAAACAUCCAGCAUCUAUAGCAUCUAUAGCCACUACGAGGUGCACAUUGUAAAAUACAGAAAACUUGAUAAAUCAAUAUGAGAUCUAAUUGAUGCGUG